GUGGAGUAGGAGGAACAGAAGCGGGUGGUGGGAAGCCAGGAGGAAAACAUUAACUCUCGUUUCUUCUUGUAGUUUGGAGAUUUUGUUGUUUAAUUCCACGGACUGCUGGCGACGCGCAGCUCCGCCGGGACGCACCGCACGAAGCCAGGACGCACGACCGGUAUGAUGGAUAGGUAGCAGAAGGAGGAAGAGAAGAUGUCGUUCUUUGGUGUAGACUGUGUCAGGAAGAAAGAGAGAGAGCUGGAGAGGAAACUUCGUGCCAAUGACCGCGAGUACAACCUCCUCUUUAAAUAUGCAACGAACGCCAUCAAGACCUCCAAGUACAACUUCUUCACCUUCCUGCCUCUUAACCUUUUUGAACAGUUCCAGAGGAUUGCUAAUGCCUACUUCCUGUUUCUGCUGGUGCUCCAGGUGAUUCCUCAGAUCUCCUCUCUGUCCUGGUUCACCACAGUUGUUCCUCUGGUCCUCGUGCUGUCAGUCACCGCUGCCAAGGAUGCCACUGACGAUAUCAAUCGCCACAGGAGUGACAAUCAAGUCAACAAUAGAAAAGUUCAAGUCCUUAUUGAUGGAAAGCUGCGGAGCGAGAAAUGGAUGGAUGUCCAGGUGGGAGACAUCAUCAAACUGGAAAACAACCAGUUUGUCACAGCUGACCUCCUGUUGCUCUCCAGCAGUGAACCUCUCAACCUGGUGUACAUCGAGACAGCAGAACUGGAUGGAGAGACAAACUUGAAGGUGAGACAGGCCUUGACCGUGACUGGAGACCUGGGGGACAGUAUUAGAAAACUGGCAGACUUCAACGGCGAGGUGCGCUGUGAACCCCCCAACAACCGCCUCGACCGCUUCACAGGAACGCUAACCUACGCUGGUCAGAAAUACUCGCUGGACAAUGAGAAGAUCCUGCUGCGAGGCUGCACCCUCAGGAACACCGAGUGGUGCUUUGGACUGGUGCUGUUUGGAGGUCCAGAGACGAAGCUGAUGCAGAACUGUGGGAAGAGCACAUUUAAGAGGACUAGUAUAGACCGUCUGAUGAAUGUCCUUGUCCUUUGUAUUUUUGGUUUCCUGGCCUUCAUGUGCACCAUCCUGGCAAUAGGAAACUGCAUCUGGGAGCUGAACGAAGGCUCAGAGUUUACAGUCUUCCUGCCCAGACAAGAUGACAAUGAUGCUGCUUUUUCUGCCUUCCUAACAUUCUGGUCCUACGUCAUCAUCCUCAACACCGUGGUGCCCAUCUCGCUCUAUGUUAGUGUGGAGAUCAUUCGGUUGGGGAACAGCUUUUACAUUGACUGGGACAGGAAGAUGUAUUACGCGCGGAACAACACCCCCGCCGAGGCUCGUACCACCACGCUGAAUGAGGAGCUCGGCCAAAUCAAGUACAUCUUCAGUGACAAAACAGGGACACUCACCCAGAAUAUUAUGAUCUUCAACAAGUGCUCCAUCAACGGCAAAUGUUACGGGGAUGUGUAUGACUAUACAGGUCAAAGACUAGAAAUUUCGGAGCAUACAGAGACAGUGGACUUCUCCUUUAACCCGCUGGCUGACCCCCGCUUCAUAUUCCACGACCACGCCCUGGUGGAGGCGGUGAAGCUGGAGGACCCAGAGGUCCACGCCUUCUUCAGACUGCUGGCCCUCUGCCACACCGUCAUGGCCGAGGAGAAGAAAGAGGGUGAGAUUUUCUACCAGGCCCAGUCUCCAGAUGAGGGAGCGUUGGUAACAGCGGCCAGAAAUUUUGGAUUUGUCUUCCGCUCACGUACACCAGACAGUGUUUCCAUCGUGGAAAUGGGACAACAACACAGCUAUGAACUCCUGGCCAUCCUGGAUUUCAACAACGUCCGCAAGAGGAUGUCCGUCAUAGUUCGGAGUCCAGAGGGGAAGCUCUCUCUCUACUGUAAAGGUGCAGACACAAUCAUCUAUGAGAGGCUGCACCAGUCCUGCAGGAAGCUGAUGGACGUCACUACAGAGCACCUUAACGAGUUUGCAGGGGAGGGCCUGCGGACUCUGGCGCUGGCCUAUAAGGAUCUGGAUGAGGAGUAUUUCAACCAGUGGAACCAGCGCCACCAUGAGGCCAGCACCGCGCUGGAUGAGAGAGAGGACAAACUGGACCAGCUGUAUGAGGAGAUAGAGAAAGAUCUGCUGCUGCUUGGAGCAACAGCCAUAGAAGACAAGUUACAAGACGGAGUACCUCAGACUAUUGAGCAGCUGUCCAAAGCCGACAUCAAAAUCUGGGUUUUAACCGGCGACAAGCAAGAAACUGCAGAAAACAUUGGGUACUCAUGCAACUUACUGCGUGAGGAGAUGAACGAGGUCUUUGUCAUCUCGGGCAACUCACCGGAGGAUGUCAGACAGGAACUGAGAAAUGCACGGACUUCCAUGAAACCAGAUGCAAUGGAGGAUUCGGUGUUUCUUUACCCAGAAAGGACUCUGGGUAAAGGUGUGAAAGUGAUCAUGGACGAGGUGGUCAAUGGAGAGUAUGGCCUGGUUAUCAACGGACACAGCCUGGCGUACGCCCUCGAGCGCAGCAUGGAGCUGGAGUUUCUGAGGACGGCGUGUAUGUGUAAGGCAGUGAUCUGUUGCAGAGUCACUCCUCUGCAGAAGGCUCAGGUGGUCGAGCUGGUCAAGAAGUACAAGCAGGCAGUCACACUGGCUAUAGGAGAUGGAGCCAACGAUGUCAGCAUGAUCAAAGCGGCUCAUAUCGGCGUGGGCAUCUCAGGUCAGGAGGGCAUGCAGGCUGUGCUGUCCAGCGACUACUCCUUCGCCCAGUUCCGCUUCCUGCAGCGCCUCCUACUGGUGCACGGCCGCUGGUCCUACCUGCGCAUGUGCAAGUUCCUGCGCUACUUCUUUUACAAGAACUUCACCUUCACCUUUGUCCACUUCUGGUACGCCUUCUUCUGCGGGUUCUCGGCACAGACGGUGUAUGAUGAAUGGUUCAUAACACUCUACAAUCUGGUGUACACAGCACUACCUGUACUGGGAAUGAGUCUGUUUGAUCAGGAUGUGAAUGACGUUUGGAGUUUCCAGCAUCCUCAGCUCUAUGUUCCUGGUCAACUCAACCUGUACUUCAGCAAGAAGGCCUUCUUCAAGUGUGCCCUCCACAGCUGCUACAGCUCCUUGGUGCUCUUCUUCAUCCCCUAUGCAGCCAUGCAUGACACCGUGAGGGACGACGGGAAGGACGUUGCUGACUACCAGUCCUUCGCCCUCCUCACCCAGACAUGUCUGCUGUUUGCUGUCAGCAUCCAGUUGGGGUUGGAGAUGUCUUACUGGACGGCGGUGAACACUUUCUUCGUGUUGGGCAGUCUGGCCAUGUACUUUGCUGUCACAUUCACCAUGUACAGUAACGGCAUGUUUCUCAUGUUGCCGUCAGCUUUCCCUUUCAUAGGAACAGCCCGAAAUUCUCUGAACCAGCCGAAUGUUUGGCUAACAAUCCUCCUCACCUCCAUCCUGUGUGUCCUUCCUGUGGUCACCUACCGCUUCCUGUGGCUUCAGCUCUGCCCCACCAUCAAUGAAAAGGUGAUGUUCAAGGUGAGACAGGCCAAAGCAACACCUGUCCCUCCGCCUCGACGCACCCGCAUCCGCCGCACCAGCUCCCGCCGUUCAGGCUACGCCUUCUCGCAUGCGCAGGGCUACGGGGACCUGAUGACAUCGGGCCGGUUCCUGCGGCGCCCUGCUGUGUCACGACCUUCGGGGUUCACCCACGUGGGUCGCACCACCACGGGCUUCAGUCCUAUGGGACGAUCGGCUGGAUACAGCCCGACAGGACGACCCCAGAAUGCCAAGGUCCCGGAUGUGGAGGUGACAUCGCUACAGAUGUACAAGACUAUCAGAGAUCCGGUCUUCUGAAAGACUGUGGGUUCAGUUUAAGAGGGUGUUUGGAGAAGAUCUGGGAGAAGGAAUAAUGCCAACUGGACAGCUGUCUGCCUCUGGCAGUCCGAGAUGUUGAAAACUCCCAUUUGUUCACCAUGAAAAACUUCCUCAGGACUUCUAGAGAACUUCAUGUCAAAGAUUUUUCAUGAUUCACCUCUCAUCUGCCCGUCACCUAAGACGAUGUUUGAGAAGUACAUGACUUUUGCUCCAAGCAUUUUAUUUUGCAUUAGUUUAUCAAAAGGAACUAGUGCUGCCGCUUCUGAAGGGUAUAUGGAUCAUUAUCCUUUGAUCAUGAGUGUUCAUGUAAAACAUGCCUCAUGCUCAGCCAACAGAUGAGAGAUUAAAUCUUUUGGUCACUAGAAACAGUAAGAGGAUGAUUCAUUUUCAGACAGGAACUAACCCAGAGGGAAAACAUUUCAAGAGAAAGACAAAGUGUCAUCAUGUUUACAGACUUCCCAGAUUCUCUCAACCCAAUAGUCCAGAUGCACAGCAGAGCUUUGUACAGAGGAUGUAACCAGCAAAGUGUCUUUUUAAAGUAUUUUAUUUUCCUAUCUUGAAAGCUGUACAAGCAGUCGGCACUUUGGUAGCGUCACUUGGCUGUGGGAGAUAACUGAACAUUUGAACGAUCAUAAAUGUGUCGAAAACUGAUACGGCAAGAAAACAUAUUUCAGCAUUGUUGGCCCAUCCAACUUUUGCCUGACAUUUUUCUUCACAAAGUGUGUCUUGUUUCAUUUCUUACUGUGUGCUGAAGGAAUUCUCUUGCAACUUAAUGUUCCAGGGUCACUGCUGUGCAGAAGAGGACAACACAGGGAUAUUUAAAUUACAAUCAUCAGUACAGCUGUGCAAUGAGACAUUCUUUAUACUUCAAGGGUAAGUUUAUUAUUGGUUAGGAAAAAAUAUAUUAUUCCUUAACAGAUAAGAAAGAACCUGUUAUGAACAGCAGUGUUUGGACUGCCAGGCUGUGAACGCUCCAUUUUAAAAAUGUAUACAACUUUCUACGAAGUGACUCAUGAAGGUAAUUUCUUUCACAGAUACACCGAAUAGAAAGAAAUUAAUAAAGGGGAUCCUUGCACCAAAGGAAUCCAUAAAGUAUGUGGCUGUGCAAUUAUCUAUCUUAAGUGGACUGCUACUAAUAAUUUUGAAAGUAUUUUUUUGACCACAACAUGUCACAUUUGAUAAGAGACAGUGGUGCUGGGCCAGAUUUUUUGUACAUUAAAAGCUAAUAAGUUCUUAAUGAUUGGUUUUUGGUCUGGAUGCUCUGCAAGUGGUUAAAUCAAAGCACUAGUGAAAAGACGGUGCAAGUUUUAUCCUGUGCAGGGUUGCUGGGGAGUCUAUAGCAGCAUGCUUUGUGCAGGAGGAGGGGUUCAUCCUGUCAACCUUACUUGUAAGUCUUUAGACCAGCCAAAGAGAUUUUUCACAACCUGGCAACCCAAAAAUUGCCAUUUCUAAUGGCUCAUUUCCAAUCUGUCUAUUUAUGAACUAAAAAUAAAGUCAUUAGUUAUAAUUGAUAAACAGUUGAUGCCUUGUUGCUACCAAGUGCUACCAAAUCUUCUACAGUGCAGCUUUAUAGUAGCAUUAAAUGUGCCUCACUUUUAAGGUCUUGGGUUUACAUUUUGAGUUGUUUUCCAGUUAUAGCAACUGAGAGUCUAAGGCCGUAUUAAAGCCUACUGUAAAGGACGUGGUAGAUCACCAGAUCAUGUCUAGAUCCAGUUUAGAGGGACUGUAGUUCAUUAUGUGACCCUGAAUGUGUCUUAAAUGCUCUAUGAGUGACAGGCCAGAUUUUGAGUCCCCACUGAUUUUGUCUGCUGACUUUUAGCAAACUGACAAAAUGGAAAAAUGUUUUCUGCAUCCAACAGCAAGAGAAGUGGACUACGGCGCAUAUGUAGGAACUAAUCUUAAAUACAGAUGAGUUGUUUGCUGUAGGACAAUUGACCACAUAUACCUGUGUUUGGGAGGUUUAUCAUACUGUACACACACUACAAAGUUAACUGGAUGGCCCUUUAAUCCUUUCAGGAACACAUUUGGGUUCACGUGUCCACAUGUCCUUGAAUAUCUAGUUCAUUGUCUGCAGUGCUGUUUUUGGUGUGUUCGCACCUGUAAUCAGAGCCGACCACAAGUGAUAAGAUCCUACAGGACGCAUUUUAGAGCCAGGUGUUAACAGGCCCUAAAAGACUGCUUAUAUGAUGCCCAUGGGCUAAUAAUGAUUCAGAUUGCAUUUUAAAACCGGUUUAUCAGAUAGUGCAUCACAUCAUGCUUAUUUCAAAGUCAUAUUUGCCUUAGCAAAACGCUCGCUACUUUAUGUCUGACAAUCAACUUGAACUAUUUAUAAUCAACAAAUAUAAAUGGCAGUGUACCUUAACUGUUGUCUGGCUUGUUUCCAACAUCUUACUCGUCGAACAUUUUAUCAGCUUACUGAAAAUAUCAACUUGCGGGAAAAUUUACUAGCUAUGUUUUAAAGUUAAGCCAGUACAAAUAUUGUUUUAUACAAUCAGGUGGUUUUUGAAAUGUCAUGUCUGUUGUUUAGUACAACCUGAGGAUGAGAACUGGACAGCUGCUUCUGUAAGUAAAUUAGAUCAGUCUUUAAUUUAUUAUUUGGUGUGUGAAGUUUCAAAGAAUAGUCCAAAUGGAAUUGGUUUCAUAAUUGUACAGUAAUACUGUUUAAUGUUUGAUAGUUGCCCAUAUGUUUUCCAUGUCCCAUGGUAUCCAUUCAUAUGCUGGUUUUAUUAACUCAUCAGCUUCAAUUCAAACCAUAAAGACAGCUGAUGGAUGCCUUGACGUCAUAAUGUUGUUGAAGCAACUGCAGUGUUUGUAGCUGAACAUCUGUUACCACAGUGCGAUUCAGUCACUUGUUGCCCAGAACUGAAUGUACUAACUAUUACCUGGUGCUGAACCAAAGAUCUUUUUAAGGUUUUAUGUGUCUUAGUUUACUAAGUAAAAUAAGUAAAAUUGUUGCUCAUCAAACAGAAUCUGAUCCUGGAGGUCAGUGUGAUGAAGCUGGUUUUGCUCUACUUACAGCACAGUUAUUAUUUACUGUAAAGAGUUUGAAUAUGCAGAAGAAACAUGUGCUACAUUUUUGUAAAAAUCAAAUGUAAAUCAAGCGCUAAAUCGAGUUUUGUUGUAUAUUUUUGAAGAAUGUUAGUGCGGUGGGACUAACGAGUAUGGCAUUUCUUUUGAUUAAUGAAAUGUGUCAUAAUGAGCUCAUGAGCUCCAAUUUGGUGAAAUGAGCCCUUGAAUCGUUUUCAAAAGAGCUUUGUCUGCAGUAUUAAUGCAGAAUAAAUUCAUUAAGAGUGGCCACUACACAGUCCACUAGUGUAUUUUACACAUGUAUUUUCCCACUAUUUCGGUGGUACUGUCCAAAAUGAAUUGUAGCCAUAAUUAAACUUUUAUCAAUAUCUUUAUAUACACUUUAUAUCCCUAGCCCUGAAGACUGAAACUGUAACAUAUUUCUCAAAGAUGAUAAGAUGUGGCUCUUACUGAUAACCAUUUUGUAUAAUUUUAUACCGCAAUAAAAAGAUCAGCAUGUGCAGUUGUACCUUUUUCCAUUAA